UUGCAUAUUGAGAUAAAAAAAAAUAUACAAUCAACAAUGGGUGUCACCAAAUUUGUAUUAGCCCUAUGUUUCAUGGGACUAACCCUAGCUCCCAUCUCUCAAGCUCAAAAUUCUCCGACGGACUAUGUUGCGGCACAUAAUCAAGUACGUGCGGAUAUUGGGAUCGGUCCGGUCGGCUGGAACGAUACAUUGAAGGACUAUGCACAAGAAUAUAUAAACACGAAGAUAAAAACUUGUGAAUUAGAGCAUUCGAAUGGUCCUUACGGAGAGAAUUUAGCCAUGGGAUCGGGGGAAUUCGGUGCCCUAGAUGCUGUAAAAAUGUGGGCAGAUGAAAGACCUAAUUAUGAUUAUGAAUCUAAUUCUUGCAUAGCUGAUCAAUGCUUGCAUUAUACUCAAGUUAUCUGGCGUGACACAAAUCAAAUUGGCUGUGCUAAUGCUAAAUGUGACAAUGGAUUUAAUUAUAUUAGUUGCAACUAUUAUCCACCUGGAAAUUAUAUAGGAGAACGCCCUUAUUAA